AUGGCCAAGCUGAUCCUCCUCACCGGUCUGGCACUUUUGCUGAAUGCUCAGCUUGGUUCUUCCUAUCUGCUGACAUGCUACUUCACCAACUGGGCUCAGUACAGACCAGGCCUUGGGCGCUUCAUGCCUGAUAACAUCGACACAUGCCUCUGUACUCACCUGAUCUAUGCCUUUGCGGUUAUGAAGAACAACCAGAUCACUACCAUUGAAUGGAAUGACCUGACUCUCUACAAAUCCUUCAAUGGUUUGAAAAACCAGAACGGACAACUGAAGACCCUCCUGGCUAUCGGAGGAUGGAAUUUUGGAACAGCUCCAUUUACUGCAAUGGUUUCCACUCCCGAGACUCACCAGACCUUCAUCAGCUCCGUCAUCACAUUCCUGCCUCAGUAUGAAUUUGAUGGGAUAGACUUUGAUUGGGAAUACCCUGGCUCCAGAGGCAGCACAGCUCAGGAUAAGGGCCUCUUCACUGUCCUUGUUCAGGAAAUGCUGGAAGCCUUCGAGCAGGAAGCCAAGCAGGUUAACAAAUCCAGGCUCCUGGUCACCGCUGCUGUGGCUGCUGGGCUCUCUAACAUUGAGUCAGGCUACCAGAUUCCUCAGCUCGGCCAGUAUCUAGACUACUUCCACGUGAUGACCUAUGACUUCCAUGGCUCUUGGGAGGGAUAUACUGGAGAGAAUAGUCCCCUGUUUCAAGGCCCCGCUGACACUGGCAGCAAUAUCUACCUCAAUAUUGAAUAUGCCAUGAAUUACUGGAAGAACAAUGGUGCCCCAGUUGAGAAGCUCAUUGUUGGAUUCCCAACCUACGGACACACCUUCAUCCUGACCGACCCAUCCAACACUGCUGUCGGCGCUCCAACCUCAGGACCGGGGCCUGCUGGAGCUUACACGAAACAGUGUGGGUUCUGGGCUUACUAUGAGAUCUGCACCUUCCUGAAGAACGGAGCCACUCAAGCGUGGGAUACCCCUCAGGAUGUCCCUUAUGCAUACCAAAGCACUGAGUGGGUAGGAUAUGACAACAUCAAGAGCUUCAACCUCAAGGCUCAGUGGUUAACGAAGAACAACUUUGGCAGUGCAAUGGUGUGGACAAUUGACCUGGAUGACUUCACUGGCACGUUCUGCAACCAGGGCAAAUUCCCCUUGAUCAGUACCCUGAAGACUGCUCUUGGACUGCAGAGCACUAGCUGCACUGCUCCUGCUCAGCCCAUUUCUCCAAUCACAGAGGCUACCAGUGGUGGAGGAAGUGGCAGUGGAAGCUCUGGUAGUGGCAGCAGCUCCUCCGGUGGCAGUGGGUUCUGUGCUGGCAAAGCAAAUGGCCUCUACUCUGUUGCCAACAACAGGAAUGCUUUCUGGAACUGUGUGAAUGGCAUCACUUAUGAGCAGUACUGCCAAACCGGCCUGGUCUUUGAUACAAGCUGCAGCUGCUGCAACUGGGCAUAA